CCAACCUGAACAUUGUUGGCAUUAUGACAUCAUAACUUUACAUAAUGUUGUUCCAUACAGUCAUGUUGCAGGCCUCCGAGAUCUUCCAGUGUGGAUUCCAGUGUCGAUUUCUCUGUGAACCCUUUGGUGCAGCCUGUUCCUGAGUGGUAAACAUUAACCUUCAUCUCCACCUAAAGCUUUACUGAACUGCAGCAUGAAACAUUUACAGAAUGUCUGAUUCCUGCAGCAGGUCCAAAGUGCACAAGUCUUGUUCAUCUGAAAAGACAGGCAAAGAACAACUGGUCAGGCACCUGCAGACAUGUCCACUACCGAGUCUCUAAAGUUUCAGCCUCCAUCUUUGAUUCGAGAGCUCAUUCGAGAUGGCAAGCUUGGAAGAAGAAGCACAUCUGGUAUGGCUGAAGGGUACAAGCAGGCCAAUAUUGUCAUCUUGCCAACCGCUUUGGCUCACAACUUUAAACAAUUCUGCCUUGCCAACAGUGGCCCUUUGCCUUUACUGUACAAGAGCCAGCCUGGAGAAAGUAGGUGCCCUGACCUGGCAGAUCAGUCUGACAUCAGGACAGAUUGUCCCCUGUACUGCAAGUUUCAGGAUGGCAUUUUCUGUGGCGAAGAGUCCAAUUUAUUAAAGUACUCGGAAGAGCUGGAAGACAUGGUGACCUUCUACCUGGGAUGCAGCUUUGGAUUUGAACGUGCUGUUCAGGAAGUGGGGGUGCCCAUCAGGAACUUGGAGCAAAACCGCAAUGUCAGCAUGUAUAAAACCUCGGUGCCUUGCCAUGCAGUGGGGUCAUUUCAGUGUAACCUGGUCGUCUCCAUGAGGCCGAUUCCUGAGGGAAAACUGAAUGCGGUUGCACAGGCCACCCAGUCUGCCACUGAUGCUCAUGGGGCUCCAGUUCACAUCGGUCACCCUGGGCUUAUUGGAAUUGAUGAUUUGGGAGUGCCGGAUUAUGGGGAUGCAGUGGAGCUUCACCCUGGAGAUGUCCCUGUGUUCUGGGCUUGUGGUGUCACAGGGAUGGAAGCUGUAAAGAGCUGCAGGGCUCCUCUGGCCUUCACUCACUCUCCUGGCUGCAUGUUCAUCACAGACUGUAACGCAGAGAAGCCAUCUCCUGGACGGUGUCCUGAUGCAGCAGAUUCCAUCCAGGCCAUCUGUAUCUCACAGGAACCCUUACACUUCAGUGUUGCCUCAGAUGCUGCAAUCCAGAAGAUCAGAUCCCUGGAGCUCCUGAUUGGGGCUGACCCAGGAAACAGGGGAAUCCAAGCAUUGUUUAUCCCGGAUGAGCUGCUCAAGGCCUGUCUGUCCAUGUCUCACGCUAAGUCAGUUCUCAUCACCUCUGGGUUUCCCACUCACUUUGAUCAGAACCCGCCAGAAGAAACAGAUGGUCCACCAGGAGCCCUGGCCAUGGCUGCCAUGCUGCAGGCACUGCAGAAGGAGGUUGCUAUUGUGACAGAUCUGCGGGCCCUGGAUAUGUUUAGAGAAGUCAUCGCAGAUGCAGUAGAACAAGGCAUUUUAAGGAGUCCAAUCCCCCUUCUGAGCUUCCAGGAAAACAGCCGUGAGUCAGCCCUGAGGUUCUUGUGCUAUGAUGGCAAAGUCCAGACUCCCAGGUAUGACCACUUGGUGGCAAUAGAGAGUGCUGGGAUGGCCACCGAUGGCAAAUAUUACAACAUGAGGAAAGUGAACAUCCAACACCUGGUGGAUCCCAUUGAUGUUCUUUUCAGAACGGCCAGUGAUAUUCCUUACAUUGCAACCACAGGUAUUGAUGAUGGAGGAAAUGAACUGGGAAUGGGAAAGCUGAAAGACAGAGUGAAGAAACACACUCCUAAUGGGGACCUGAUUGCCUGUGACGUUGAAGCCGACUUUGCCAUUACUGCUGGUGUUUCCAACUGGGGUGGCUAUGCCAUAUCCUGUGCUCUCUACAUCCUGAGGUGCUGUGCAGUACAUGAGAGAUACCUCCGGAAAGCUCUGGGCUUCCCAACAGUCUCCCAUGAGAAGUCUUGGGCAGCCGCACUUCCGACAGUCAGCAAGGAAGAAAAACUAUUGGAAAUCCUGGUCAAAUUUGGAAGUCGGAGUGGGAAGACCGGGAAUCUUGGAAUGGAAGUGGAUGGCCUGCCAUUCCAUGACGUUCACUCCUCUAUAAUUGAGCAGCUGGCAGAGGUGACUCUACUAUAAAUGCAAGCACGCUGGGUCGUUGGCUGUCAGAGGGAAAGCCCCCCGACACCCCCUACCUAAACGGGUGAGCGAGGGGUGGAGUGUCCUGUUACACGAAGACCAUGAAAAGGCUGCCUUGUGAACACAGAGAGUGGCCAUUCAGUUGUUUUCAGUUUUGGCAAAGUGCAAACGUAUUUUAGGGCACAAACGUCUCCACACAAAGAUGGACUGAUGGGAGCUCCUCUUCCGUCUGAAGCUUGUGGGGAUGAUUUGCCCUGCAGCUGUUUUCCGGUUUGAUUGCGCCAUCCUGUAAUGUUUGGCUGUGUGUGAGUCAGAGCACAAAUGUUAGCAGGAUACACGCUACAAGUCAACGUCCCCUUUCACUUCUGUGAUAUUUUGUCAUUUUGGGUUUUUUUUUUUAUUUUUAUUCCAUCGCCAUAUUUCAUCCUGUAUUCUGUUCAAAUACAGUAGAAGAAAACGGGUCUCUGAAAUUUGACAGAAGAAUGAAACUCUUGUUGAGCAGCUGUAUUGUAUUUGUGUUUUAUUUGAUUUCUCUCAUUUCAUCACGGGCACUUUGCAUUUCUAAAGCAUGGCGGUAGAGGCUGCUGGGCACUUUUUUGGUUUGUAUCAGGAUGAAGAAAACGGAAUGCAACAUCGUCCUGCUGCAUGCGCCUGGGCGAUCAUGAAAGCUUCAUCGAGACUUGAGUGGGUCUUGUAUCACGUCAGGAUGAAGGCAGACAUUCGUCCUCAAACACCCAUCAACUAAUUCAGGGGCACACAAGGCAGGACCCCACUCUGCUCAGGGUGCUUGUAGCAUGCCAUGCAGUAAAAUAUACUGAUUAUUAGUUAUGUCACUCUGACUGCUUUCAAUAGAUGUAUAAUAAUAAUAAUGAUGAUAAUUCUUUGCAUUUAUAUAGCGCUUUUCUCACAGCAGGUUAAGGGUCUUGCUCAGGGGCCCAACAGUAUAGCCACGCUAAUCUUAACGGUUACUUGUACGCAGUGCUGGUCCUCAGCACAUUUGUUAUUAUAGGACUUCAAGAACAUAGGGGUCUGUAUUACAUGCCCCUUGAGUUACAAAAACUACACCCCUCGGUGUUGAUAGAAUGGAUGGGUGGGUUUGGGGAUUCCGCAGUGGGCACUGUUUGAGUUACAUAAAUGGGGGACACCGCCCUAGGCAGCUGCCCAUACCUAAUGGACUGAUUGGCUCUGCUCACAUAUUUAUCAUACAUACUAUGUACAGUCCAGGUCAUGUCAGCACAUGACCACACCACACGAUGAACCAGCUCGGGGUCCCGGUUAGCAACCCCCCCAGGCAGACACGCAAUCCAGUCCCACUUUCUGGAAAUGACCAUCUACUGUAUCUGCCGCUGCCAGGUAUUAGAUGGGAGUCCCCUUGGCCUGGUCCAGCCACUCGGGUCCUCAUCAGUGCAGAUCCUGAAAACCGGACCACCCACAGGGAACUGCGUCACAUGACCGUACGGCACACACAAUGUAGGGUAAUGUGCCUCAUUCGGGAUUCCAUGAUCAACCACUCGUUUGACACGAAGUCAAACCAGCAGUACCCAAGAAUUCUCCAAAAAGACGCAGUACUGAAGGAGUCCAGUCUUCGUCUCAGGUCACCGGAUAGCGUCCAUAUCUCGCAAGACAGGGAGCACCAGCGACCUCAUGGCCCCCCAGGCUCUCCCAAUCCGUCGACUGACUUCAUAGAAAGAGUCACCAGAGACGUGAAUGUCACUGCCGAGCUAAGUAAACCUCUCAACGAGGUC